CGCACCAUGCUCGGGGCUCCGCUUCUGCGGCUGCUGAUUGCAGUCUCCACUGCAGUGGCCGUGGCCAGCGUGCCCGGGAGUGCGCUGCCCACCACCACUGGGGAUGCCACCCUGGCCUUUGUCUUCGACGUCACCGGCUCCAUGUGGGACGACCUGAUGCAGGUGAUCGACGGCGCCUCGCGCAUUCUGGAGCAUACCCUGAGCCGCGGCAGCCAGGCCAUCGCCAAUUACGCGCUGGUGCCCUUCCACGACCCAGAUAUUGGACCGGUGACCCUCACAGCAGACCCAGCGCUGUUCCAGAGGGCGCUGAGAGAGCUCUAUGUGCAGGGAGGUGGUGACUGCCCAGAGAUGAGCGUAGGCGCCAUCAAGGCUGCCGUGGAGGUCGCCAACCCUGGCUCCUUCAUCUAUGUCUUCACGGACGCCCGUGCCAAGGACUUUCACAGGAGGGAGGAGGUGCUGCAGCUCCUGCAGCUCAAACAGUCCCAGGUGGUCUUUGUGCUGACAGGGGACUGUGGUGACCGCACCCAUCCUGGCUACCAGGCCUAUGAGGAGAUUGCUGCCACCAGCUCUGGGCAGGUGUUCCACCUGGACAAACAGCAAGUGACGCAGGUGCUGAAGUGGGUGGAGUCAGCUAUCCAGGCCACCAAGGUGCACCUGCUGUCCACGGACCACGAGGAGGAGGGCGAGCACACGUGGAGACUCCCCUUCGACCCCAGCCUGAAGGAGGUCACCAUCUCAUUGAGUGGACCAGGGCCUGAGAUCGAAGUUCGAGACCCCCUGGGGAGGAUCUUGCAGAAGGAUGAGGGCCUCAACGUGCUCCUCAACAUCCCUGACUCGGCCAAGGUCGUGGCCUUUAAGCCUGAGCAUCCUGGGCUGUGGUCCAUCAAGGUCUACAGCAGCGGCCGCCAUUCAGUGCGAAUCACAGGUGUGAGCAACAUCGACUUCCGGGCCGGCUUCUCCACACAGCCCUCUCUGGACCUCAACCACACCAUCGAGUGGCCCUUGCAAGGGGUCCCCAUCUCCCUGGUGAUCAACUCCACAGGCCUGCAGGCACCUGGCCGUCUUGACUCAGUAGAGCUCACACGUAGCUCAGGGCAGCCCCUCCUGACUCUGCCCAUGCGACCCCUCUCCAAUGGAUCCAGCUACCAGCUGUGGGGCGGUUUGCCCUUCCACGCCCCGCAAGAGCGCUUCUAUCUCAAGGUGAAGGGCAAGGACCACGAGGGACACACUCUCCUCCGCAUGUCUGGAGUUUCCUACAGUGGGGUGCCCCCAGGCGCCCCCCUGGUCAGCAUGCCACCCAGGAUCCAUGGCUACUUGCGCCAGCCCCUGCUGCUGACCUGCUCCGUGCACAGCGCCCUCCCCUUCCGCCUGCAGCUGCUGCGGAGUAGAGCCCAGCUGGGCGAGGAGAGGCACUUUCAGGGGUCAGGAAAUAGCAGCUGGGAGAUCCCCCGGGCCUCUAAGGCCGAGGAAGGCACGUAUGAGUGCGUGGCAGUCAGCAGGGCUGGUACUGGACGAGCGAAGGCCCAGGUUAUCGUCACAGACCCUCCACCACGGCUGAUCCCUGCUACCAAUGUGACUGUGUCCCCUGGGGAGACUGCCGUUCUAUCCUGCCAGGUCCUCGGCGAGGGCCCCUACAACUUGACAUGGGUCCGGGACUGGCGAGUCCUGCCAGCCUCGAUGGGCCGAAUCACCCAGCUAGCUGACCUGUCCCUGGAGGUCAGUGCUGUCAUCCCUAGUGAUGGCGGGCGGUACCAGUGCGUGGCCAGCAAUGCCAAUGGGGUCUCAAGGGCAUCCGUGUGGCUCCUGGUGCGAGAGGCUCCACAGGUCAGAAUCCACACCAGGUCCCAGCGCUUCUCCCAGGGCGUGGAGGUGAAGGUCAGCUGCUCGGCCUCUGGGUACCCCACGCCUCACAUCUCCUGGAACCGUGAUGGCCAUGCCCUGCAAGAGGACAGCAGAAUCCGUGUGGAUGCCCAGGGAACUCUGGUUAUUCAAGGGGUGGCCCCAGAGGAUGCUGGAAAUUAUAGCUGCCAGGCUACUAACGAGGUCGGCACAGACCAGGAGAUGGUCACCCUCUAUUACACAGACCCCCCGUCGGUCUCUGCGGUAAACGCCGUGGUGCUCGCUGCCGUUGGGGAGGAGGCUGAGCUGGUGUGUGGGGCAGCUGGGGUCCCCCCGCCCAGGAUCGUCUGGUAUCGAGGGGGUCUUGAGAUGAUUCUGCCUCCUGAGAGCUCUAGCUCUGGGACACUGCGGAUCCCAGCGGUCCAGGAAAGAGAUGCUGGCGUCUAUACCUGCCGAGCUGUCAAUGAGUUGGGUGACGCCUCUGCAGAAAUCCGGCUGGCAGUUGGAUAUGCGCCCCGGCUGACGGAGCUGCCCCGGGAUGUCACUGUGGAGCUGGGGAAGAGCGCCCUCCUGGCAUGCCGGGCCACAGGCCACCCACCCCCAAUGGUCACCUGGCACCGUGGAGAUGGCCAACCACUGGGGCCUGCGCACGGCAGUGGGACUGGGCAACCCGAGUCAGGAGUGCUGUUCUUUGAAAGUGUGUCUCCUGAAGACCAGGCCCCCUAUGUCUGUGAAGCUCGAAAUGUCUUUGGAAAGGCCCAGGCCAAGGUCCAGCUUGUCAUCACGGGACACAUCCCCCCACAGAUCGCCAGCAGUGCCCCCACCGUUCGUGUCCUGCAGGGGCAGCCUGUGUCCCUGCCCUGUGUCAUCCUGGCUGGGAGACCCCUCCCGGAGAGGCGCUGGCUGAAGGCUGGCCGGCCCCUCCCACCUGGCAGCCAGCACUCUGUCCGUGCAGAUGGCAGCCUCCACCUUGACCGGGCGCAGCGAGAGGAUACAGGGCGGUACCGCUGUGUGGUCACCAACACAGCUGGCUCUCAGCACCGGGAUGUGGAGCUGGUUGUCCAGGUGCCACCUAGAAUCCAUCCCACUGCCACCCACCACGUCACCAAUGAAGGGGUUCUGGCCUCUCUCCCCUGCGUCGCUUCAGGAGUUCCUACCCCCACCAUCACCUGGACCAAGGAAGCCAAUGCCCUGACCUCCAGGGGCCCCCACUACAAUGUGAGUGAUGAUGGCACCCUGGUCAUUGCCCAGCCAUCUGCCCAGGAUGCAGGGGCCUAUGUCUGCACAGCCACCAAUGCUGUAGGUUUCUCCAGCCAGGAGAUGCGGCUUUCUGUCAACACCAAACCCAGGAUCCUUGUGAAUGGGUCACAGGACGUGGAUGUGCCUCUGAGGAUCAUAGCAAAGGCUGGCCAAGAGGUGACCCUGGACUGCGAGACUCAGGGCUCCCCACCCCCUCUGGUCACCUGGACAAAGGACUGGUAUCCUGUGCCACCUGUCACCAGCAGGCAUGGACUCCUCCCGUCUGGCUCCCUACGUUUGGCCCAGGUCCAGGUGGGUGACAGUGGCCACUACGAGUGCACAGCCAGUAACCCUGCGGGGUCCACCUCCCGUGGCUACGUCCUCAGGGUGCAAGUGCCUCCUCAGGUGCAGCCAGGCCCUCGAGUCCUGAAGGCGCUGGCGGGAGAAGCCCUGGAUCUGAACUGCGUGGCCGAGGGCUACCCUGAGCCCCAGCUGACCUGGUCCAAGGAUGGGCAAGCCCUGUGGGGUGGGGGACCUGAGGGCUCUGUCCACUUUGCGGCCAUCAGAACCUCUGACGCUGGUAGAUACCGCUGUGAGGCCUCCAACAGCGCUGGGAUGGACUCCUGGGAGGUGGAACUCAGAGUGCUGGAGCCACCCCACUGGGGGGCUGACGAGACCAGCGGCCUGCUGGAGCGAGUGGCCGGAGAGAAUGCCAGCCUGCCAUGCCCUGCCAGAGGGACACCUGCACCACAGGUGACGUGGCGGAAGGGUCCAUCCUCAGAGCCCCUGGGGGGCCAGCCGGGUGUGGCAGUUCUGGACGAAGGGUCUCUCUUCCUGGCCUCCGUGUCGCCCAUGGACAGUGGAGACUAUGAGUGCCAGGCCACCAACGAGGCAGGCUCUGCAUCCAGAAGAGCCAAGCUGGUGGUUCAUGUCCCCCCCAGCAUCCGGGAGGAUGGGCGCAAGGCCAACGUGUCAGGCAUGGCCGGGCAGUCCCUGACACUGGAGUGUGACGCAAAUGGUUCCCCAUCCCCAGAGAUCGUGUGGCUGAAAGACGGGCAGCUGAUUGCCGAGGCCAGCAGCCACCACCUGCUGGAUGGGGCCCGCUCCCUGCACUUCCCCAGGAUCCAGCAGGGUGAUUCUGGCCUCUAUUCCUGCCGGGUGGAGAACCAGGCUGGGACUGCCCAGAGGGACUUCAAUCUCCUUGUGCUCAUCCCGCCAUCUGUGCUUGGAGCUGGGGCCGCCCAGCAAGUGCUGGGCCUGGCUGGUGCUGAUGUGGAGCUGCGAUGUCAGACGUCUGGGGUCCCCACACCCCAGGUGGAGUGGACCAAGGACGGGCAGCCUGUCCUCCCCGGACACCCUCACCUGCAGCUCCAGGAGGAUGGCCAGGUUCUGAGAAUCGCCAGCAGUCACCUGGGGGAUGAGGGACAAUACCAGUGUGUGGCCUUCAGCCCAGCCGGCCAGCAGGCCAAAGACUUCCAGCUCAGAGUCCAUGCACCCCCCACCAUCUGGGGCUCUGAUGAGACAGGCGAGGUGGCUGUCAUGGAAGGCCACCCGGUGCAGUUCCUGUGUGAGGCCCGAGGAGUGCCCACCCCUAAUAUCACCUGGUUCAAGGAUGGAACCCUGCUGUCCCCCAGCGCUGAGAGGGUCUACACAAGAGGCGGUCGGCAGUUGCAGCUGGGGAGGGCCCAGAGCUCAGAUGCUGGUGUCUACACCUGCAAGGCCAGCAAUGCUGCAGGGGACGUGGAGAAGGCCACCAGGCUGGAGGUUUACGUCCCACCCACCAUUGAGGGUGCCAGUGGAGGACCAUACAUGGUGAAGGCGGUGGCUGGGCAGCCUGUGGAGCUAGAAUGUGUGGCCAGAGGCCACCCAACCCCCACCCUCUCCUGGCACCACGAGGGGCUGCCUAUGGCAGAGAGCAAUGAGACAUGGCUGGAGACAGGUGGCGUGCUCAGGCUGCAGAGCCCAGGGGAGGCAUCCAGCGGCCUGUACAGCUGUGUGGCCAGCAGCCCUGCAGGAGAGGCUGUGCUCCAGUACUCCGUGGAGGUGCAGGUGCCCCCACAGCUCCUGGUGGCUGAAGGCUUGGGCCAGGUGACCACCAUUGUGGGACAACCCUUGGAACUUCCCUGCCAGGCUUCGGGUUCCCCAGCACCCACUGUCCAGUGGCUACAGAAUGGCCGCCCAGCCGAGGAACUGGCUGGGGUGCAGGUGGCCUUGCAGGGGGCCACGCUGCACAUCAACCAUGUGGAGCUGGGCCACGCGGGCCUCUUCUCCUGCCAAGCCACCAAUGAGGCAGGCACUGCGGGGGCUGACGUGGAGGUGUCUGUGCAUGAGUCCCCAUCAGUUAACAUUGUCCAGGGUGAGAACAUCACAGCUCCUUUCCUGCAGCCUGUGACCCUCCAGUGCACAGGUUCUGGGGUGCCUCCCCCAAGCCUCCGCUGGUGGAAGGAUGGGGUGGCCCUGGCAUCUUCUGGGGGGAGACUGCAGAUAGAGAAGGUGGACUUGAGGGACGAAGGUGUCUACACUUGUGCCGCUACCAACCUGGCUGGGGAGAGCAAGCAGGACGUGGCGCUGAAGGUUUUGGUUCCCCCCAACAUUGAGCCGGGCCCAGUCAACAAGGCAGUGCUGGAAAAUGCCUCGGUGACCCUGGAGUGUCUGGCUUCGGGUGUGCCCCCUCCUGAUGUCUCUUGGUUCAAGGGCCGCCGGCCAGUCUCUGCCCGGACAGGUGUGAGAGUAUCAGUUGAUGGGAGAGUUCUCCGCAUUGAGCGUGCCCGGCUCUCUGAUGCUGGGAGCUACCGAUGCGUGGCAUCUAACGUGGCAGGCAGCACAGAGCUGCAGUAUGGCCUCCGGGUGAAUGUACCCCCCCGAAUCACAUUGCCACCCAGCCUGCCAGGCCCGGUGCUGCUCAAUACCCCUGUCCGGCUGACCUGCAAUGCUACUGGCGCCCCCAGCCCCACACUGUUGUGGCUGAAGGAUGGAAACCCUGUGUCCUCGGCAGGGACCCCAGGCCUCCAGGUCUUCCCUGGGGGCCGGAUGCUCACCUUGGCCAGCGCCCGGGCCUCCGACUCUGGCAGGUACUCUUGCGUGGCUGUGAGCGCGGUGGGCGAGGACCACCGGGAAGUCAUCCUGCAAGUCCACAUGCCCCCGAGCAUCCUUGGAGAAGAGCAGAAUGUGUCCGUCAUGGUCAAUGAGUCCGUGGCCCUGGAGUGCCAGAGCCACGCUGUGCCCCCUCCCGUGCUGAGCUGGUGGAAGGAUGGGCGCCCCCUGGAGCUGCGGUCUGGCGUCAGGCUCUCUGCAGACAAGGCCGUACUACAGGUGGACAGGGUGGAAGUGUGGGAUGCUGGCCGUUAUACCUGUGAAGCCCUGAAUGAGGCAGGCCGCUCGGAGAAACACUACAACCUGAACGUCUUGGUUGCUCCAGUGUUCCCCUCGGGCGAAUCCCACACCCUGACUGUGAGCGAGGGGCACCCCACAAGGCUGUCCUGCGAAUGCCAGGGUGUCCCCUUCCCCAAGAUCUCCUGGAGGAAGGAUGGUCAGCCCCUGCCCGGGGAAGGGACUGGCCUCGAGCAAGUGUCGGCUGUGGGGAGACUGCUGUACCUGGGACAGGCCCGGCCGGCCCAGGAGGGGACGUACACCUGUGAGUGCAGCAAUGUGGCAGGGAGCAGCAGCCAGGAGCAGCGGCUGGAAGUACACGUUCCCCCCCAGAUCACUGGUCCCCAGGAGUCCCCCACACAGCUCUCUGUGGUCCAGGAUGGGACAGCCACUCUGGAAUGCAAUGCCACGGGGAAACCACCUCCGACGGUGACAUGGGAGCGGGACGGCCAGCCUGUGGGUGUUGAGCUGGGCUUGAGGAUACAGAACCAGGGCCAGAGCCUGUAUGUGGAACAAGCACAGGCUGCCCACGCCGGACGCUACAGCUGUGUGGCCGAGAAUGUGGCCGGGAGGGCGGAGAGGAGGUUUGCACUCUCCGUGCUGGUGCCCCCACAGCUCAUUGGAGACUUGGGCCCAUUGACCAACAUCACUGCCACCUUGUACAGCCCCUUGACGCUACUCUGUGAAGCCUCCGGGGUCCCACCCCCGGCUGUCCGCUGGUUCCGAGGGGAAGAGCCCAUCAGCCCUGGAGAGGACACCUACCUGAUGGCAGGUGGCUGGAUGCUAAAGAAGACUCAGGUGCAGGAGCAAGACAGAGGCCUCUACUCAUGCCUGGCGAGCAACAAGGCUGGGGUGGUGCAGAGGAACUUCAGCGUGGAGGUCCUGGUUCCUCCCAGGAUGGAGAAUGAGGACCUAGAGGAGGUGAUCAGGGUCACUGAGGGUCAGACUGCUCACCUAACAUGCAACGCCACAGGCCACCCACAGCCCAAAGUCAUGUGGUUCAAAGAUGGCCGGCCCCUGGCUGGAGGAGAUGCCUUCCACAUCUCCCCAGAGGGGGCCCUCCUGCAUGUCCUUCAGGUGAACCUGUCCAGUGCUGGCCACUACUCCUGCAUUGCAGCCAACACUGCGGGGGAGAAGACCAAACACUUCCAGCUUAGUGUCCUAGUGGCCCCUGCCAUCCUGGGAGUAACUGAGGACAGUGCAGACGAGGAGGUGACCGUGUUCAUCAGCAACCCCAUUUCUCUGAUCUGCGAAGCGCUGGCCUUCCCUUACCCCAACAUCACCUGGAUGAAGGACGGGGCCCCUUUUGAGGCCUCCAAGAACAUCCAGCUUCUCCCAGGCACCCGUGGGCUGCAGAUCCUGAAUGCCCAGAAGGAAGACGCUGGCCAGUACACCUGUGUGGUCACCAAUGAGCUGGGCGAGGCUAUGAAAAACUACCAUGUGGAAGUCCUCAUCCCCCCUUCCAUCUCCAAAGAUGACCCCUCAGGGGAGGUCGGCGUGAAGGAAGUGAAGACCAAGGUCAACAGCACCUUGACCCUGGAGUGUGAGUGCUGGGCUGUGCCCCCACCCACCAUCCACUGGUACAAAGACGGGCAGCCUGUCACCCCCAGCCAGAGGCUCCAGGUCCUGGGCGAAGGGCGGCUACUCCAGAUCCAGCCCACGCAGGUCUCAGACUCAGGCCGGUACCUGUGCAUGGCCACCAAUGUGGCUGGCGAGGAUGACCAGGACUUCAACGUGCUUAUCCAGGUGCCCCCCAUGUUUCAGAAGGUGGGUGAUGCCGGUGCAGCCUUUGAGAUGCUGUCCCAGGAGGAAGAAGCCCGGGGUGGGGUGACGGAAUAUAGACAGGUCGUGGAGAACAGCCCAGCCUACCUGUACUGUGACACCAACGCAAUCCCACCCCCAGAGCUCACCUGGUACAGGGAGGAUCGGCCCCUCUCAGCUGCAGAUGCGGUGUCUGUGCUGCAAGGAGGCCGGGUCCUGCAGCUCCCCCUAGUGCGGGCAGAGGAUGCUGGGAGGUACUCUUGCAAGGCCUCCAAUGAGGUGGGCGAGGACUGGCUGCACUACGAACUGUUCGUGCUGACCCCACCUGUGAUCCUAGGCGACACAGAGGAACUGGUGGAAGAGGUGACAGUCAAUGCCAGCAGCACCAUCAGCCUGGAGUGCCCGGCCCUGGGUAACCCUAUGCCCACCAUCUCGUGGCUCCAGAAUGGGCUGCCUUUCUCCCCAAGCCCACGGCUGCAGGUCCUGGAGGACGGGCAGGUCUUGCAGGUUUCCACCGCAGAAGCGGCUGAUGCCGCCAGCUACAUGUGUGUGGCUGAGAACCAGGCGGGCUCUGCGGAGAAGCUCUUUACUCUCAGAGUCCAAGUCCCACCACGAAUCGCAGGCCUGAACUCGGAGAAGGUCACUGCCAUCCUCAAUAGCAGCGUCUCCCUCCGUUGUGAUGUCCAUGCUCACCCAAGCCCUGAGGUCACAUGGUACAAGGACAGCCGGGCCCUCUUCUUGGGUGAAGAGGCCUUCCUCCUCCCUGGCACCCACACUUUGCACCUGGCGCGAGCACAGCCAUCAGACUCCGGGACAUACACAUGCGAGGCCCUCAACGCUGCCGGCCGAGACCAGAAGCUGGUACAGCUGAGUGUGCUGGUUCCCCCCACCUUUAGGCAGGCCCGCAACAGCCUCCAGGAUGCAAUCGUGGUGCGGGCCGGGGACAAGGCUGUCCUGAGCUGUGAGACAGACUCGCUCCCUGAGCCAGCUGUCACCUGGUACAAGGAUGGGCAGCCUCUGGUCUUAGUUCAGCGGACUCAGGCUCUCCAGGGUGGACAGAGGCUGGAGAUUCUAGAAACCCAGGUGUCGGAUAAAGGUUUGUACAGUUGUAGCGUCAGCAAUGUAGCUGGGGAGGCUGUGCGGACUUUCAUCCUCACCAUCCAGGUGCCUCCCGUGUUUGAGAACCCCAAGACGGAGACAGUGAGCCAGGUGGCUGGGAGCCCUCUAGUCCUGAUCUGUGAUGUGUCCGGGCUUCCCGCACCCACAGUUACUUGGCUGAAGGACAGAAUGCCUGUGGAGAGCAGUGUGGUUCACGGCGUGGUCUCCAGAGGGGGCCGCCUCCAGCUGAGCCGCCUGCAGCCGGCCCAGGCUGGCACCUACACAUGCGUGGCUGAGAACGCCCAGGCCGAGGCCCGCAAGGACUUUGUGGUGUCUGUGCUGGUGGCCCCUCGGAUCCGGAGCUCAGGCGAGGCACAGGAGCACCAUGUCUUAGAGGGACAGGAGGUGUGGCUGGACUGCGAGGCUGAUGGACAGCCGCCACCUGAUGUGGUCUGGCUAAAGGAUGGCAGCCCACUGGACCAGGGUGUGGGCUCCCACCUCCGGUUCUACCAGGACGGCAGCUCCCUUGUGCUUAAGGGCCUGCAGGCUUCGGACUCUGGCGCCUACACCUGCGUGGCCCACAGCCCGGCUGGGGAGGAUGCCAGGCUGCACACAGUGAACGUGCUGGUGCCCCCCACCAUUGAGCAGGGAGCAGACGGCUCAACAAUUCUGGUGAGCAGGCCUGGGGAGCUGGUGACCAUGGCGUGCCCCACCCGGGGGUCCCCACCCAUCCACGUGAGCUGGCUCAAGGACAGUUUGCCCCUUGCGCUGUCCCAGCGCACCCACCUGCACAGCUCUGGCCGCACCCUCAGGAUUUCCCGGGUGCAGCUGGCGGAUGCUGGCAUCUUCACUUGCGUGGCCUCAAGUCCAGCUGGUGUGGCAGACAGGAACUUCACCUUGCAGGUGCACGUGCCCCCUGUCCUGGAGCCAGCAGAGUUCCAGAAUGAUGUGGUGGUGGUCCGUGGCUCCUCAGUGGUCCUCCCCUGCGAGGCCCAAGGCAUCCCCCUGCCCCUCGUAUCAUGGAUGAAGGAUGGGGAGCCUUUGUCACCCCAGAGCCAGGAGCAGGGUCCCGGCUUACGGCUAGAGGCCACGGAAGCAGCUGAUUCAGGGACCUACUCCUGUGUGGCACUGAGCGAGGCAGGGGAAGCCAGGAGGCAUUUCCAGCUGACCGUCAUGGAUCCCCCCCACAUCAAGGACUCAGAAUGGCCUGAAGAGCUGUUGCUGACCCCUGGUGCCCCCCUGGAGCUUGUCUGUGAUGCCCAGGGCACCCCCAAGCCCAACAUCACCUGGCAUAAGGAUGGGCAGGCCCUGAGCCGCCUGGAGAACAGCAGUAGAGCUGGCCGGAUGCUCCGGGUAGAGGGUGUGCAGGUGGGCGAUGCUGGGCUGUACACCUGCCUGGCUGAGAGCCCUGCAGGUGAAGUGGAGAAGAGCUUCUGGGUCAGGGUUCAAGCCCCUCCAAACAUUGUUGGGCCCCAAGGCCCCCGCUCUGUGGUCGGCCUGGCUCCGGGGCAGCUGGUCCUGGAGUGUCCUGUAGAGGCAGAGCCAGCGCCUGAGAUUGAGUGGCACCGAGACAGCGUCCUGCUGAAGGAGGACGCCCACACACAGUUCCCUGAGCAGGGCAGGUUCCUCCAGCUGCAGGCCCUGAGCACGGCCGAUGGCGGCAACUACAGCUGCACAGCCCACAAUGCUGCAGGCAGCAGCAGCGUGGCCUUCCUCGUGGAGAUCCACACUUCACCCACCAUAAGGGCAGGACCGCCCUCUGUGAAUGCCUCGGUGAACCAGACGGCCCUGCUGCCCUGCCAGGCCGACGGCAUGCCCCAGCCCCUCGUGAGCUGGAGGAAGGAUGGGGCCCCCGUGGAUCCUGGGAGCCCCAGGUUUGAAGUUCUGCCCGAAGGUUCACUGAGGAUCCAGCCAGUCCUCGUCCAGGAUGCAGGCCACUACAUCUGCCUGGCAUCCAACUCUGCGGGCUCCGAUCGGCAAGCCCGCCACCUCCAGGUCUUUGAGCCUCCAGCCAUUGCCCCCAGCCCCGCCAACCUGACCCUGACUACCCACACCCCAGCCUCACUGCCCUGUGAGGCCAGCGGCUCCCCCAAACCCCUGGUGACCUGGUGGAAGGAUGGACAGAAGCUGGACUCCCGCCUGCAGCAGGGUGCCUACCGGCUCCUGCCCUCCAAUGCUCUGCUGCUCACAGCCCCCAGCCCCCAGGAUGAAGCCCAGUUUGAGUGCGUGGUGAGCAACGAGGUGGGUGAGGCCCGCAGGCUCUACCAGGUGACUGUUCACGGGCCUCCCACCAUUGCUGAUGACCAGACAGACUUCACUGUGACCACAAUGGCACCUGUAGUCCUCACGUGCCACAGCACCGGUGUGCCAGCUCCAACUGUGUCCUGGAGCAAGGCAGGCACCCAGCUAGGGGUGCGGGGGAGCGGCUAUCGUGUCUCACCUUCAGGCGCACUGGAGAUCAGGCAGGCCCUUCCCAUCCACACUGGCCGCUACACCUGCACAGCCCGCAACUCUGCUGGUGUGGCCCACAAGCACGUGGUCCUCACUGUGCAAGCCGCCCCUGUGGUGAAGCCGUUGCCCAGUGUGGUUCAAGUGGUGGCACAAGAGGAGGUACUGCUGCCCUGUGAGGCCUCAGGCAUCCCCCGGCCAACCAUCACCUGGCAGAAGGAAGGGUUCAGUGUCCCUGCAGGAGCAAGUACCCGGGUCCUACCAAGCGGACAGCUGCGGAUUAUCCGUGCCAGCCCUGAGGAUGCUGGGAACUAUUUCUGCAUUGCUCAGAACAGCAUAGGCAGCGCCAUUGGGAAAAUGCGGCUGGUGGUGCAAGUUCCACCAGUGAUUGAGAAUGGCCUCCCGGACCUGUCCACCACUGAAGGCUCCCAUGUCCUCUUGCCCUGCACAGCCAGGGGCAGUCCCGAGCCUGACAUCACCUGGGACAAAGACGGCCAGCCUGUGUCAGGCCCCGAGGGGAAGUUCACCAUCCAGCCUUCUGGGGAGCUGCUGGUGAAGGAGCUGGAGGGCCAGGACGCAGGCACCUAUACCUGCACCGCUGAGAACACCGCGGGCCGUGCCCGCCGCCGCGUGCACCUCACCAUCCUGGCGCUGCCUGUGUUCACCACUCUGCCUGGGGACCGCAGCCUGCGCCCCGGGGACAGGCUGUGGCUUCGCUGUGCGGCCCGGGGCAGCCCUACCCCCCGCAUUGGCUGGAUCAUCAACGACCAGCCAGUCACAGAAGGGGUGUCAGAACAGGACGGGGGCAGCACGCUGCAGCGGGCUGCGGUCACCAGACAGGACAGCGGGACCUAUGUCUGCUGGGCUGAGAACAGAGUGGGCCGUGUACAGGCAGUCAGCUUUAUCCACGUGAAGGAGGCUCCUGUCCUACAAGGGGAGGCUUUCUCCUACCUGGUGGAACCUGUGGGGUCCAGUGUCCAGCUAGACUGUGUGGUCCAUGGAGACCCAACACCCAACAUCCACUGGAUGAAAGAUGGCCUUCCCCUGCAGGGCAGCCGUCUCCGGCGCCAGCUACAGAAUGGCUCACUGAUCAUUCCCAGGACUGAGAGGGACGACGCGGGACAGUACCAGUGCCUGGCAGAGAACGAGAUGGGCACCGUGAAGAAAGUGGUGCUCCUUGUACUGCAGAGUGCCCCAAUGUUCCAGGUGGAGCCCCAGGACAUGACAGUGAGAUCCGGGGACAAUGUGGCCCUGCCGUGUGAGGCCACUGGAGAGCCAGCACCCACAGUUGAGUGGCUGCGGGCGGGCCAGCCCUUGGAGAGCAGCCAGCGGCUCCGGACCCUGCCCGACGGGAGCCUGUGGCUGCCGCGCGUGCAGGCUGAGGAUGCUGGUGUGUACGAGUGUGUCGCUUACAACCUCCUGGGUUCUGUCACAGCCCGUGCGUUGCUGGCCGUGAGAGGGAAGCCCUGGGGGAGCCGGGGCAGCAUGAUUGGAGUGAUCAAUGGCCAGGAAUUUGGUGUGGCCACACUCAACACCAGCGUACAGCAGGAGGUGCGUUCUGGGGUCACCACCAUCCAGAGCAGCAUCAUCCACAUCCCAGCAAAUGUGGGGCCUCUGAUGCGGGUGCUUGUGGUCACUAUCUCCCCCAUCUACUGGGCCCUGGCUGGAGAGAGUGGGGAGGCCCUGAAUGGCCACUCUCUGACUGGUGGCAGCUUCCGGCAGGAGUCACAUGUGGAGUUUGAUACAGGGGAGCUGCUCAGGAUGACCCAGGUGGCUCGGGGCCUGGAUCCAGAUGGCCUCUUGCUCCUCGACAUGGUGGUUGAUGGCAUUGUCCCUGAGAGCCUAGCUGAUGAAGAUCUUCAAGUGCAGGAUUUCCAGGAGCGCUAUGUGCAGACAGGGCCCGGCCAGCUGUUUGUGGGCUCUACGCAGCGCUUCCUCCAAGGCAGCGUCCCAGGGUUCCUGCGCUGCAACCACAGCAUCCAGUACGCUGCAGCCCGGGGCCCCCAGCCCCAUCUGGUGCAGCACCUGCAGGCCUCAGCUAUCAGCACGGCCUUCGACCCUGAGGCCGAGGCCCUGCGCUUCCAGCUUGACACAGCCCUGCAGACUGAGGAGAACGAAGUUGGCUGCCCUGAGGGCUUUGAGUUGGACUCCCAGGGAGACUUCUGUGUGGACAGGGACGAGUGCUCAGGCGGCCCGAGCCCCUGUUCCCACUCCUGCCUCAACGCACCUGGACGCUUCUCCUGUUCUUGCCCGGCCGGCUUCACCUUGGCCUGGGAUGACAGGAACUGCAGAGAUGUGGACGAGUGUGCAGGGGAUGCCCACCUCUGCCGAGAGGGACAGCGCUGCGUGAACCUGCUGGGGUCCUACCGCUGUAUCUCUGACUGCGGGCCUGGUUUCCGGAUGGCUGCUGACAGGGCCGGCUGUGAAGAUGUGGAUGAAUGCCAGGAGGGACUGGAUGAGUGUCACUACAACCAGCUCUGUGAGAACACCCUGGGCAGUCACCGCUGCGGCUGCCCCAGGGGGUACCGGAUGCAAGGUGCUGGCCUGCCUUGCCUAGAUGUCAACGAGUGCCUGCAGCUGCCUAAGGCCUGCGCCUACCAAUGCCACAACCUCCGGGGCAGCUACCGCUGCCUGUGCCCACCAGGCCAGACCCUCCUCCGUGAUGGCAAGACCUGUGCCGUACUGGAGCAGAGUGAACAAAAUGUGACCACGGUCAGCUACCAGGGCCUUUUUGUGCCCUGGCCGCAGCCCCGGGUCCCCAUCCCUGGUGGCUCCUAUCAUGCCUGGGUUUCCCUCCGUCCAAGACCUGGAGCCCUGGGCAGCACAGGCCGGGCCUGGUGCCCCCCUGGCUUCAUCAGGCAGAACGGAGUCUGUAUAGACCUCGACGAGUGCCGGGUGCAGGGCCUGUGCCAGCACGCCUGCCGCAACACCAAAGGCAGCUACCAGUGCCUCUGCCCCGCCGGCUACCGCCUCCUCCCCAGUGGGAAGAACUGCCAGGAUAUCAAUGAGUGUGAGGAGGACGGCGUUGAGUGUGGGCCUGGCCAGAUGUGCUUCAACACCCGAGGCAGCUACCAGUGUGUGGACACAUCCUGUCCUGCCACUUACCGGCAGGGCCCCAGCCCUGGGACGUGCUUCCGACGCUGCUCUCAGGACUGCGGCGCCGACGGCCCCUCCACGCUGCAGUACCGGCUGCUGCCUCUGCCCCUGGGCGUGCGCGCCCACCACGACGUGGCGCGCUUGGUCGCCUUCUCCGACGCAGGUGUCCCAGCCAACCGCACUGAGCUCAGCGUGCUGGAGCCCGACCCGCGCAGCCCGUUCGCGCUGCGCCCGCUGCGCGCUGGUCAUGGCGCGGUCUACACCCGCCGCGCCCUCACCCGCGCCGGCCUCUACCGGCUCACCGUGCGCGCCGCCGCGCCGCGCCACCAGAGUGUCUUCGUCCUGCUCAUCGCGGUGUCCCCCUACCCCUACUGAGGCAGUGAGGGUCACUAGCUGUAGCUCUGGGACCAGUGUGACGCCCUGGGAAGGGGGGCGGGGAGGAACCGUCUCGGCCCCCACCGCCUGGCCAGGCUAGGAAAGGUACAGGGUGGCCCUGGCCCAUGCCAUCUGCUGUGGCAAGAGGAACGUCAUCUUCUGCCGCCUCCGUGCGUCAACGAAACCGUUAGUAAACACAACCCUGUGCCUAGCCUUGAUCUCAGGACAGCGAGGACCUGAGUUCGCACAGGCAGGUGCCAAAGGUUGUCAAAGCCCCAGGCAAGGCUGGGGGUGAAGCCUCAGAGGGAGGCAGGGACAGAGGGCACCGGGGUGCCCAAGAGGAGGGGCAGCCCCUGUGCUGACGGCAGCAGCGGUCCCUGUCCACACCUCUGACACUAUCGUUCUGAACCCAGCGUGUGUGUAUGAUAUAAAAACGAUUGUUUUUAACGGA